AAAAGUGAACAGAUGAUUUAAACCACCAUCAAUGAUAUAUCUCUGUUUCAAAGUUGAAAACAAAAUGGAUAUGAACAUUCAUACCAAGAAAAUAAUAGCAGCAUUCGUUUUAUUGCUAAUAACAUUUUUCUCAUGUGCUGAAUCAAGAAGAGAAAAAAGGCGUAACGAACUAGAACACCCGAUGGACUUCAGAAUCAUAGGUGGAACUGACGCUUCUAUCAAAGAUUUCCCAUUCAUGAUAUCGUUACAGAUGAGAUCGAAUCACAUUUGUGGCGGUACUAUUCUCACUAAAUCGUUCAUACUUACCGCUGCUCAUUGUGUCGUUCAUGUCCAUCCAAUUGACCUUACUUGGAACGUUCAAGAUCCAUUGGAGUUCAACAUAGUGGCAGGACAAACCGUUCUCGAUCUCGGAGAAUGCCAGUUUCAUGAUGUGAAGAAGAUAUAUGUCCAUUCUGGCUAUAACCAUACAAGAAUGAGCAACGAUAUUGCUUUACUCGAAAUUUUUGGUCUUCUUGAAUGGACAAAAUACACUCAAGUAGCUGAGAUAUUCUCCAAGGUACAUUCACCGUUUGAAUCUCACGAUUUUUGUACGGCCAUCGGGUGGGGGAGUACGGAAGUCCCAGAGAAAGGCCAUAGUUCAGCCAUUCAAGGAAAAAAUACUUUACAGCAAGUGGACUUGCAUCCUUCUUUACACAGUACAUGUGAGAGCUUUUUCUCCCCAGCACCUCACUUAUUUGAUUCAACCAAAUUAUGUGUCAUCACAAACGAAGACAAAGAUACUUGUGUCGGAGAUUCUGGUGGGCCCUUGAUUUGUAAUGGCGUUCAGUAUGGAAUCACUUCAUUUGGGUUGGGCUGUGCUCAGUUGAAUAUGCCAGGUGUAUUCACAAAUAUUUCUGCAUUUCACGAUUGGAUCUAUGGUGUUUUAAACAGCACAGAAACACUUGUUGUAUCAAGAAUGGUGGAAACUGUAAAUCUGACUCGGAAUUUGUUAAUAGAAGAGCAUAAUAGGAGUGGAAGAUCAAAGAACUCCCAACCGAGUUUUAAAUACUUCCUUAGUUUUCAAUAUAUUUUCAUUCUACUUUCAAUCAAAUUCUUGGAAAUAUGUAUCGAGUAUCGUAGGCAUUUCAUGGAUUUUGAAAAUACGUUCAAUUUAUGAGGAAAGAUAUUUUCUAUGCUGAAAUGGUUUUAUGAAUGAUUAAUAUAAAGAAGUUCAGAGUUUA